UAUCUUUCCCUCAAAUGGUUCCCUAAUGAGUCGUUGCAUUGUCUAGUGGUCAAAUAAACUUUGUAUGGACAACACGAGAAGUCAGGUUUAUAUCCGGACACCCAGUCACUAGAUUGCUGAGUUCGAUUUUGCUACACACAAUGCUGAUAUAGUAACAACUUCCCCAAAAUCUUCAUGACUGCUUGAGAGUGACAAAAUUGCCACACAUUUUCUGAUGUAACUUCUCUAAAGUACUUUCCAGGAGGCCAUUAGUGUUAGGAGUAACUUGCAUGGGCUAGGAUUUAUGCCACUGGAAACGGAAACUUCAGAAAGGAUACCCUGACACCAGGACUGAAAAAUGGACAACAGCACAGACUCUUCAAGGAAUCAGAGCUGCCACAGUUUCCGUGACCCCACUGUCACCACAGUGGUCAUUCCUCUCUUAUACUCCUUGGUCUUCAUCGGAGGAUUCGUGCUGAACGUACUAGCUGCCUGGAUCUUCUGCCAAAUAUCAAAUCGGUCUAGCUUUGUGAUUUACCUCAGGAGUAUCGUGGCAACUGACCUGCUUAUGGUGGUUGCACUUCCAUUUAAAAUUCUCUCUGAUACACCUACUGGGAUCUGGCAGUUGAAAGUUAUUGUGUGUCGUUACACAGCUGUUGUGUUCUACAGCAGCAUGUAUAUCAGCAUAAUCUUCCUCAGCCUGAUCAGCCUCGACCGGUACCUGAAGAUUACUCAGCCUCAAAAAAAACUCUUCAUGCAGAAUGCAACGGUUGCCAAGGUGAUCAGUGUGGGCUGCUGGGUUUUUGAGGUGAGCUUUGCUCUGCCAAAUAUAAUUUUGACCAACAAGGACCCCACACCCGAAACUGCAGGUGCCUGCAUGAAGUUGAAAAGUGAUAUCGGGCGUAAUUGGCAUGAAUUUAUAAUUAUCAAAUGCCAAGUUAUUUUUUGGGCUGUUUUUCUCCUUCUCACUCUGUGUUAUUUAGCCAUCUUAAAGAAAUUAUAUUGGUCCAAACGGAAAUUUCAGAAGGACUCUAGCACCGUGGUAAAGAAAGCAAACCGUAACAUUUUCAGUAUCCUGGCUGUCUUCUUCAUCUGCUUUGUGCCGUACCAAUUUAUCAGGAUCCCAUACGACAAAUACCGAUUGGCCAACAAAAACUGUGUAACAAGUAACAGUCUGUACUAUGCAAAGGAGUUCACACUGCUCCUGUGUGCAUUUAACGUUUGCCUCGAUCCAGUCAUCUACUUCCUCCUGUGCAAGGCCUUCACCAGACAACUGAAGCUGAAAAUGAAAAGAAGCCUGGCCUUCAAACAGCGAAAAAUGAGGGGAAACCCUCAGACAAAUGAAACAGCCAACCAGACCCCUGUUUACAACAAACUAACAUUCAAUGAAAAUUUAUCCACUCUCUCCUCUGACACCACUACCAAAGAGCUUAUUCAAUUGAAUACACCACGGAACUCAGCAGCCGUUUUAACAUUACCUUCUCAAGCUGAAGAAAAAAGGGCACAAUAGCAGAACUAUCUCUCACUUUUUCGAAUCACACACCCAAGACAGCCAGUCUUUUAUUUUCUCCAAAAUUCCUCUGGCAAUAAAUCAUUGUUUAGUUCCAACACUGAAUGUGUUUAGUUAAUCCAUCCAAUUUCUCAAAUGAUGAGGCUCCUGUGUCCAUGUUUGGCCCGACCCACCCAAACUUUUCCAUGUACCUGUUAAGUGCUUUUAAUGUAUCUGCCUGAGCCAUUUUAACCAGCAGCUCAUUAAUAAUAUAGACUGUCCUCCCGGUAAAAAAACUGCCUCUCAUGUUCUUAUUAAUCUCUCAUCUAACACCGAUGCCCUCCAGUUCUUGUUUCCCCACCUCUGGGAAAAGAAUCUACAUAUUAAUCCUAUUUAUGCCAUUGAUGAAUUAAUUUAACUCCAUAAGAUCACCCAUCAUUCACAUGCAUUCUAAUGAAAAAUAUUCCAACCAGCUCACCUCUUUAUAUGCAGUAACUCAGUCCAUUAAAUCCCAAUGACAUCCCUGUACAUCUCAGCACUCCUUCCAGCCUCAUGGCAUCUUUCCUAACAGGAAGACCAAAACUGAUCAUGGUAUUCCAAAUGUGGCAUUACUAGCCUGUUACGUCUGGUUUGUUUAUUCCUCGCUUCCACUUCAGCCCAGGAAUUUAUGAACUAAUCCAAGGCAGCAACUUUGACAGAGCAGGGAAAUCAAGAGACUUUGGUAUAUUUCCAAUCAAGAUGGCACCUACAUAAAAUGCUCUCACAGUUGACACCUUCUGCAUGGACCGUGAAAUUAUUUAUUUCUCUUCUUUUACGUCAGGAUCACUUUGCUGCCGGAGAGGGAAGGCUGUGUGGCCUGCCCCUGUGCCCACAGAACGUUAUCCAGGUUUCCUGCAUUUUGGAUAUGGAUGUGGACUUGGACUAUGGACAUUUUUUUUUCAGUUUAAAGUGUUUUUAUAUUCUGUUUUUUGCUCGA